AUGAGUUCCACUGCUGGCUCAGACAGGCCUGCUGAAACCCUGAAUGGUGGAACUCCAGAGCAAUCCAACAAUCGACACCGAGAGAGCUUCGCCUCGCAGAAUUCACAAACCGCGAAAGAAUUUAUUGAAUCACAACUGCAACUCGAAGCUGAUGCACGCGAAAUUCUUCCUUAUUCAUUUGAUUCUUGCACACAAGCAUUAGGUCCACUUCGACAGACUCUUUUCUCGUGUUUGACAUGCAAUCCCCCGCCUGAAAAUGACGCGGAUCCCUAUACUCCCGCCGCGGUCUGCUAUUCAUGUUCUAUAUCAUGCCACGGGGAACAUACGUUAGUAGAGCUCUUUAACAAGAGAAAUUUUGUGUGCGACUGCGGUACGAGGCGGUUCCCCGAUACGUCCAUUUGUACGCUCCGGGUUGAUCCACAAACCAAAGCAAAGGGUGUUCAUUCUCAACCCCCAGCAGAGGGAAACAAAUAUAAUCACAACUUCCGAAACCACUUCUGCGCAUGCGAUGAAGAAUAUAACACGCAUGAAGAAAAGGGGACAAUGUUCCAAUGCCUUGGCUUGGGUACUGUCGAAACUGGUGGAUGUGGUGAAGAUUGGUGGCAUCCAGAAUGUCUCGUGGGUCUUCCUCGUGGAUGGCAUAAUACGGCGAAGGAGAAGGAAACAGCAUCAGAGACCGAAGCAAAAUCUCAAGGUAUCGAUGUCAAAACCAAGGAAGAGAAUGGAGAUGACGAGGACUACCCGUUGCCCCCGGGCUUUCCGGGUGAAGAUGACUUCGAGACUUUCAUAUGCUACAAGUGCUUAAAUGCCAAUCCUUGGUUGAAACGCUACGCUGGGACUAAAGGGUUUCUAUCACCAGUGUACAAAAACCGGGAUUCCAAUGAAUCAGAACCAAAAAGGGGCAGCGACCAAGCGAAACUUGAAGAUCUGGGGAAGUCACGAAAACGCAAGGCAGAAGAUAGUGAAGUCGAUGAAAUUCAAGAUCUUAAAAAAACGAAAGUGGAGGGCCAAGAUAGAUUAGAAACUAUUCAAGAAGAAGCUUCCACAGCGGAGGCAUCCAAGCACAAACAUGAGUUGUUGCCAUUGGAAGCCCCUUCUGGAACGUUCUCCCUUUUUGUCAAGGAAGACUUCCGCGAUCAUUUGUGUCGCUGUUCCGAUUGUUUUCAUCACCUCGUUCCCCAUCCUCAACUUCGAGAAGAAGAAGAAACAUACGAACCGCCUCUAUCCGAAGAUGGGGAUGAAGCCAACGGAACCGGCAGCCAGGGAACUAGGAGCCUUUUGGACCGUGGUGAAGCUGCCCUUAGCAAUAUCGACCGCGUGAGAGCCAUAGAAGGCGCCAUGGUAUACAAUCACCUACGAGAUAAAGUCAAAGCUUUUUUAAAGCCGUUUGCUGAAAGUGGUCAAGCGGUUAGUGCGGACGAUAUCAAGUCAUAUUUCGAAAAAUUGCGCGGGGAUGACAUGGCUAUCCGCGAAGCUGGUGGCCAAGCCUCUACUUUCAGUAAUAACGGGGGAGAUGGAAAGGAUGACGACCAUGAAGGAGGCAGUGAUAGUCGAAAGGAGCAAAGCGGAUACUAG